CCAUAAUAGAACAAGUUGUUAAGAACAUCACUACACCUGCUUUUUCAUUAUCUAAUCAGCCAAUCAUAUGGCAGCAGUGCAGUGAAUAAAACCAUCAGAUACAGAUCGGUAGAUUCAGUUAAUGUUGGAGGGAAUGAUGUCGCAGGAACUUGCAGCUUCACGAGGAAACUGAUUAAAAUGAGGAAGACCGUUCUCCUCUAACGAUUGCGUGUGUGUCGCUGGUUGGGGAUGAUGGGGAAUACAGAGGGCGCAUGCUUAUCAUUUCAACCUGAUGCUGACGCGAAACAUGGAAAACGAAACUUAACUGAGGCGGCCCGUCCCCGGUUAUGGUCAGACUCGUGCAUAGUCAGCGAGAGCUUAGAGGCUUCAGCUGUGCUGUGGUUCAAGGAAGGAUUAUAUUCAUCUUAACUCCGAAACCUCAGAAUCCACGCGACUCUGCUGUAAGUUCGCGAUACUACCGUCUUUAUGAAGAUCAGUCUCUUUUAAGAUACACUCAGACAAAAUUGGGCAUUUCUCAGACAUCAUAAAUACUAAAUCUGGACUAAAUAUGGAUCUACUGUGACUGACUGCAACCAGAGAACUCUUUUUAGCUGAGUUGAACAUUAUUACAUCAAGCAUUAAUGGCUCAGAAGAUUGUAUGAAUGUGUCACAAUGUCAUCUAUUGGGUCCAGACUGGAUCCUCUCUUAUCAACUCAUGACCUCAAACUUGCAUGCACUCUGUGCUCUGUCAAGGAGAAAGAAAUUACAUAUACAUUAAAAUCAGUCCACCACCAGUGUGCACGUAAUCUCCUGCUUUGCAAAGCCAAAGCUGGCAGGAAAUGGAGGCCUGUUUCAAAGCGACCCACAUUUCCAAAUCCAAGUCAGUAUGAGGUAUGUUUUUUCUUUGUGGAAGGCUCUGGUUGCACACACCACAACAACCGGUGCACCUUUGCCAGAAGUGAGGAGGAAGCUGCAGUGUGGAAUUUUGGAAAGCGUCACAGAUUAGACCACACACUUCUCUGUAAUCUCAUAAUUCAGUCUGAUAGAGAACCUGAUCAGUCUAACAACAGCUCUGACCCUCUGAGUGACCUCUUGGCAGUGCUAGAUUUGAAGGCUGUCUGUGAUCUGUGUUCUAUCAAGGAAAAAGAAGUAACAUACACAGUAAAGUCAGUUAGUCACAAGUGCGGUAGAAAUCUGCUAUUAGCCAAAGCCAAAGCCUGUGACCAAUGGAGGCCUGUCUCUCAGCGGCCUAUAAGUGGACACUUUGGACGAAAUGUCUUUUACCAAGUGUGCAACUUCUUUGUUGAGGGUUCUGGAUGUACAGAACAUGGACAGGGAUGCACUUAUGCCAGAAGCUAUGAGGAGGCCACUGUAUGGAACUACAUAAGAGACAACAAAAUAGAUCAAGACAAGUUAAUCAGACUUGUAACUAAGUCUGAGCCUAUUUCAUCAACACCAGAAAGUGCAGCCAAAAGCAUACUCCAACAGUUUUCAGGUGAAUUCAUUGAGUUCUGUAAACACUGCUUUCAUGAUCGACCACAAAAACUAACAGACAAAAGGUGGAAUGAAACUUGCUCAGCAGAUGAAGCACACAACUGGGACCCAGUCUUAGUUCAUCACCUGUCAGAGAAUAGUAGAAAGCACAUCUACAGUGAGGUGCGUCCUCUUCCGCAAAACUGUCAGUUUAAGUACUGCAGUCAUGUCAGGCAAGGUAAGCCCUGCUGGCAUCAGGCCGGCCACUGCCAGUCUGCCCAGAGUGAGGUGGAGAUGGCGGUGUGGAAAGCUGAGCACAACAGGCUCUCCGUCAGGCCUCAUCUCCUCCAGCUGAGCCAACAUAAGCAGAUGGAACCCAGACAGGUCACCAUGUACUGCAAAGUUUGCCUCCUAACCCUGUUCCCAGAGAGCUUCUACAAGCACUGCUCCUCUUUGGAUCAUGCCCGGUUGCUCUCUGAGGACAGCACCACCAAGUGGAGAGGACGCCAGCCUCCACACACCCACCAAGCUGAGUUUUGGCUAUGUGAGAGACCACAAACUUGCGAGUACGGCAUCAAAUGCCCAAAAGCUCAUUCUGUGGAAGAACUGAAGGAGUGGAUGAUGCGUUCUGCAGAAGAGAAAGAGAUCAGACGUAACAUUGAAGCCCAGGGUCUUAUGUCCUAUACUGAAAGGCUUUUGGAGGAAUACAGAAACAGCAGUAAUGAAGUGCACAUCAUAUCUGAACAAGUUGAUGAUGUCAGCAUAUCUUGUGAUGAAGAUUUAACUGUGGAGAGUGAACAGAUCAAUGCAACACUGAAAUGGAAUUUCCAAGUUGAAACUGAGAGACAGCUUGUGCAUGUGGCACUGUUGAAACAAGAACCAGGAGCUUCAUUCACCCUUGGUGACAUCAGUUCUGUGCCCUGCUCUUACUCCUCGGGUGCACACUUUCAUAGUAAAGAUAUGACCUAUGACAUCACUGUGUCUUUCACAUCCAUCAGCCCAGGCUUGUAUGAACAGUGGUUAGUGCUAGAUUUUGACAUGAGACCAGUGCUCUUGAAGAAACUCAGAAUAAGAGUAGGCCAGCUGUCACUGGAUGACACUGACCAACCAACUGUGAACCAUGGAGCUACCUUUCAAAGUGUUGAGCGUUGGCAUCGAGGGAACAGGGUUAUUAUUCCACAUUUGUCCAGGACAGAAGAACAGGAGGAGUUGUUAAAGGAGUACAAGCCUCCUCAGAUUAGCUUUCUAUUUAAAUCUUCCCACAACAACUCAACACCUUUGAAUAAGGAAAACUACAAAGAGAGAAUGCACCACUUCCUGUACAAUGAGGAAUGUGCAGAGGAAAAGGUUGUUUCAAGACUAAAUGUUUGUGGAGAAGUUACAACAUGGAUACGUUGUACAGUACACAGUUUGGCAUGAUGGAUGGCUCCUCCAGGAGAACUAUUCUGUGCUGUCUCGAUUCCUUGUAAUCUCACACCAGACACCCCUGAGGGAAUGGCACUGAAGCGAAGCAUCCAGUCUGGCUUGAUAGCCCCUUUAUCUUCAAGUGUUCGAAACCUCAAGGUCUAUGAAGCCACCAUUCUGCAAGACAAAACAAGUGAGAACAAAAUCUAUUUGCAACUGUCUAACAAAUGUUGCACUGAUCUUACACUCAAAAGUAAUGAAUCAUAUCAAAUGGAGGUGCAGUUUCAGCUAAACCGCUACAGCUUCUGCACCAUGCACAAGGCUAUAGACCUCCUUCCUGAUACAAACAGAGUUCUACCAGACCUUAAAAACUGUGCAGUUCCUGUAAGUAACAUCCACUAUAAGAUCCUGAAUGCAAAGCAGCAGUCAGCAAUUGACUUCAUCAUGGGAAAUCCUAAUGUCCAAAAAUGUGCGGCACCACUUCUCAUUUAUGGACCAUUUGGAACUGGGAAAACAUUCACCCUUGCUACAGCAGCCAGAGAGCUUUCUAAGCAGCCCCACAACAAAGUGCUAAUUUGCACCCACACCAACAGUUCUGCAGAUCUGUAUGUGAAAGAUCACUUCCAUCCAUUUGUUGAAAAGGAAAAUGAUGGAAUAAGACCAAUUCGAAUAAAAGCAAACAAACAAGGGAGUUCUUUGUUGGCCACAGACAAGAUUACUUUGAAAUACUGUUUUCGUUCAGAGGAUGGACAGUAUUUUCUACCACCUACAAAAGCUGCCCUAGAUUGCCACAAAAUAGUCAUAACCACCACAACAAUGACAAGACAUUUUCAUGACCUAAAGCUCCCAGAGGGAUACUUCACCCACAUUCUAAUUGAUGAAGCCUCUCAGAUGCUUGAAUGUGAAGCCUUGAUGGCCCUCAGUCUUGCUGGGCCAAACACCAGAGUUGUUUUAGCUGGAGAUCACAUGCAAAUGGGACCCAAACUUUUCUCAGUGGAUGAUCAUCACCGUUCAAAUCACACACUGCUGAAUCGCCUGUUCCACUACUAUCAAGCCCAAAAGUGUGUUGCUGCCCAGAAUAGUAGAAUCAUUUUCAGUGAAAACUACCGCUCAACCAAAGAAAUUGUGGAGUUUGUUUCCUCCAAUUUCUAUGUUGGUAAGAAUGAUGUUAUCAAAGCUACUGGAAAUAUUCCAGCUCCCACAAAUGGUCAUGCCCUAAAGUUUAAUCAUGUUAGGGGAGAGUGUCUCUUGGACACUGCAUCUCUGUCCUGGUAUAAUGACGAAGAGGUCACUGGGGUGACUGAAGCAGUGAAAGAAAUUCUCGAACAGUGGCCUUCAACUUGGGGGCCCAAGGACCAAAGUGCAAUCUGCGUUCUGUCAGAGGGGUUUCAGGUUCGGAAAAUUAGGACAGUGCUUUCGAGAAAAAGCCUCACUAAAGUCUGUGUUGAGAAUCUAGCAAAUGUGCAAGGAAAACAGUUCAGGGCAGUCAUCAUGACAGCUGUGCAAACACGUGACAGUCUAAACAUAUCUCACCUACCUGGUCUGGAGCUGUUCAAUGAUGCCCGUGUGUUGAACACUGCAAUGACUAGGGCUCAGUCCCAGGUGGUUGUGGUUGGAGAUGCUGCCGCCCUCUGUUGCUUUGGAAAAUGUUCAGGAAUCUGGAAGAGCUACAUAGACCACUGCAUCAGAAACAACAGUGUUGCACCACAGCAUUUUACAAAAGAUUUCUUCGAAAAAGAUGUCAUGGAAACUGUAAGGUUUCAAAAACCUGAACACACGGAUGAGAGUAAUACUGUCAAUGAUGCAAUUCUUCAAGAGUUGAAAGAAGAAUAUGAACAGAAAACUGAACUGAAAACAGAAUAUAGUUCUGAUGACAGUUUGGAAUUUGAGGGUUUCCAUCACCACAAGUCAAGAUCAUCAAACAAUGUUACUGAUGUUGACACAGACCUCUCAGAGUUAUGUGGCAAAAAACCAGAGAUGUUCAAGCGAGGAAAGCUUGUCAGGGAGUCAUAUAAUAUGGGUUAUGUCAUACCAUUUGAUGACCCCUUCAGACGUAUAAGCAUCAAGGGCAGGGCAAACCUGGGUAAGGCCUUUACUGGAGAUGAAGUGGUCUUACAAACAAAAAGGGUGGUGAGCAUUACCCAGAAAGCUGAAUCAGCCCGUGUACUUGUGUGCCGGCUUGAGGAUGAUGAUCACAGCAAACCAAGACAGGUUUCUGUUGAUGAAUAUGUCAGAAAGAUAAUGAUUCCCAUUACAAAAUCUGCACCAAAGAUAUGCAUACUGAUCAGCAAGAAAAGACGUAACUUCAUUCCAAUUUGGGAGCAAAUUAAUGGACAGUGGACAAUUAUAGCAUAUGAACAUCUUAAUGAGAACCUGAAACAGAACAAUGUAUUUAUUAUCCAAGUUAUUGGAUGGAGAGACAAUUGUUAUUUUCCACUGGGAAAGAUCAUAAAAAUUUUCCCAGUUGGAAGAUCGUUGGCUGAUGGACUAAGGAUCCUGAAUGAAGAAUUCAAAGUUACACCCAAUACAUGUAAAUCAGAUGAGGGUUUCUCAUGGGCAGAUGAAGAUGAGUCAUACAGACGAGACAUACGUGAUGCAAUCACUUUCACUGUUGACCCAAAAGAAGCAAAAGACUUGGAUGAUGCCAUCAGUGUCAAGGACACUGGAGACCAAUUUGAGUUGGGGGUCCAUAUUGCAGAUGUGGCAAGCUUUGUGAGAGUAGGUAGUAAGUUAGAUGAGCAUGCAAGGCAACACGGGACUACAUAUUACUGCAGUGAGGAAAAACCCACCCAUAUGUUCCACGAAAACUUGAGCACUGGAUUCUUCAGUCUUCUAAAGGGUCAAGAUCGCAGGGCACUUUCAAUAAUGUUCAAAGUAAACAAGCAAACAUAUGAGAUCAUUGGAGAGCACAAAUUCCAGUUAUCACUAAUCAAGUCUGAUAGGCAAAUUUCUUAUGAAGAAGCAGAGGAAAUCAUCACCAAGAGAUAUGGAAACAGACUUAAAUGUGACACGGUAGAGGACUGUGUCACAGUGGCUUACUGUUUUGCAAAAGCUCAAAGGAAGAUCAGACUGCAUCUGGACUGGGCUUAUUCUCAACCUGAUGCAAAGAGAUUGCCUGGAAAGCGCAAAGCUCAUUUGAUGAUUGAGGAGCUGAGUGUGUUAUUCAACACACUUGCAUCUAAGACUUUGAUUGACUCAUCAAGAACCAGUUAUGUCACACCUCUUCGCUGUCAGGCAAAACCAAGUCCGGAAAAGAUAGAAGAAUUCCAGAAGAAAUGCGGAAAAUUCAUACCUCUAUCUUUUCAUGUGAGGCAUAAAGUUGACCAUGACGAACAAGCCCCAAACUGUGAAAACUUCCGCAUACUCAAAGAAGUAUGGAAAGAUAUCCAAACAGCUGCCACAACUAACGACAUAGACAAAAUGGUGGACCUGGUUGCUACAGAUGACAUCCACCCUCUGCUCCGGCCAGUCACUGACCAGUUCAGAAAAUGCCCAAGUAAAGCUUAUGUCAUCUGUUCCAAAUCUUCUCCCAAAGCAGAGGUUGGGCAUUAUUCUCUGAAUGUACCAUCUUACACACAAGCAUCUUCACCGAUUCGACGGUACAUGGACAUCAUCUUGCAGAGACUUUUGCAUGCUGUCAUAUGUGACAGGGAUGUACAAUACCGUCAAAGAGAGAUUGCAGUUUUAUGUAAUCAAUUUGAAGAAAACUUCACAAAAGCCAAGGAGUAUGAACAAAAGGCUGAGCAGAUCUUCUAUGCAAUGAGCAUGAAAAAACAAAGUGCUUCAAAGCUAGGCUUUGUCGUUAGCGCAGAUCCAGACAGAGAUAGUUUUGCUGUGUCAUUCCCUUUUAACAAAAACAUGUUUGCAGAGAGUUUAUCAAUAAUGUACAAAGAUCUACAGUUGGAGGACCAACCAUUUUAUGAUGAAACAAAUCACUGCAUCACUCUUAAAUGGAAAAAGCGGAUCUAUGCUGCUGACAGCAUGCAACUUCACCAAGAGUUGAAAAUGGUGCCAGACUGUGGUCCCUGCAUUGAGCUUCCACUGACUACAUGGAAGGCCACAGUUGAAGCGAUUGAUGAAGAAAACUGGGAUCAUGCAAAGUCUCUCAUAAUUAAUGCUAAUACAAAGCAAAUGAAAAAACAAUAUAUUCUGCCACAAUCAUUUGAGGUGCCUCAUUCCAAAACUAACACAUGUUCCUCUGAAGAGGUCCAAGAGGUACAAAGGGAGCAUGAAGUUGACAUCAAAUUCCAUUUGCAACCAGGUGACACCCUUCAGAUCCAAAUGACAUCAGAGGUAAAAAGAGGUUAUCAGAUGCCUGCUGUUCAGUUGGUGCAAAUUAAGCCAAAGUUUGAGAUUUGUGUGGACCAUGUCCACAACCCUAUCACAUGCUUCUCCAAAUCUGCAGAUGAUCCAUCAAGGAUUUGUUAUAGUGACACCAAGGAGUACAUAAGAAUCUGGAAACCACUGUGUGAGAUGGAAUCUGCUGCCACUGCAGUGGAUGAAAGUGACAGCAUUGUCAUUGAAAACCUGGAGGUAAACUUCAGUCAAGAGCGAGAGGGCACACUAACAGGAAGCUUCUUCUUACCUCAGACAUGGAUCAACACAUGGGCUAUUGAAUGCAACCUUUCCAAGUGUUUACUGUGCAUACGGAAAAGAGGGUUGAAAUUGACUUCAACUGUGGAGCUUAACGCACUGGUGGAUCCCAGAGAGUUUACAUGGGUGGCCCAUGGUGUCACAAUCAAAGUAGAAGAACGGAAAAACUCUACAAAUGAUGGAAGUAAAGUGGGGUUCUAUGUCAAUCACCUGCCAAUGGAAAACAUUCCUGAUUGUGUGUUUCAAAAAAACACACGUUUCACAGUUGAAAUAAUCCCAAAGCUCUUGCCUGAUGUCCGGAAAGAAACUGCUGUGGUCAGCAUUACGUCUGCAUGUGAUCUUGUCAAGCAAAUAGCACUUGGACAACGUAUUCCAAAAGAGGUAAAAAACACGUGGCAUAUUGUUAGGAGUGAGCUACCAAAUGGACUGCCAUCCCUUAACCCGAGUCAACGUAAUGCUGUGGAUAAAGCUCUAAAUAAUACCUUCACACUUAUACAGGGACCACCUGGAACUGGAAAGACAGUAGUAGGUGUGCACAUAGUGUACCGUUUCUUUGAGCUGAACUCUAAGAACCCAAGGAAAUUUGAUGAUCCAAAGGAAAGAAACAGGAAACAAGUUAUUCUCUACUGUGGCCCAUCCAACAAGUCUGUUGAUGUUGUUGCAGAGUUCCUGCUGAAGCUUAAGAACAGCCUAAGGCCCCUCAGAGUCUACAGCCAACAAGUGGAGAUGCUUGAUUACCCUUGCCCAGACUGCAACCUACAGUUUUCCCGUAGGACACUUCGCCAAGAUCGUUCCAAACCAGAACUCAGGAGCAUCACCCUGCAUCACCGCAUGCGUCAAGACCAAAAUCCUCAUUCGGAUCAAAUAAAAGAUUUUGACCAACGCAUUAGACUUGCCCUUGAGAAAAAAGGAAAAGAGCUGACUGCUCAGGAGUUGAAGGAUUACAAAAAACUUCUCAGAGAUGCUCGGACAUAUGAGCUUGAAAGGCAUGACAUCAUAUUGUGCACAUGCACACAGUCUUCCACCCCAAGCUUGACUAAGACUGUCAGUGCACGUCAGAUCCUAAUCGAUGAAUGUGGAAUGGCCACUGAACCUCAGGCCCUGAUUCCAUUGGUCUGCAACAAACCAGAGAAGAUUGUUUUAAUCGGUGACCACAAACAGUUACGACCUAUUGUGAAGAAUGAGCAUGUGAGGAAGCUGGGGAUGACCAAGUCUCUGUUUGAGCGCUACUAUACAAUGCAUGAGAAGAGGGCAGUGAUGCUGGACACCCAGUACAGAAUGCAUGAGGACAUAUGCAAGUUCCCAUCAGAAGAAUAUUAUGAGGGUAAGCUGAAAACUGCAGUGACGCAGCCGAGCAGUGUUCUGCAUGUUGAUGAGAGGACAAUGCCAAUCGUUUUUGGGGAUGUCAAAGGAAAGACCAUCAGUCUGGUUGUCAACACUGCCAAGGGCAAUGAAAACUCUAAAGCAAACAUGGAAGAGAGAAACAAAGUGAUUUACAUUGCUGAAAAGCUGGUGAAGACUGCCAAAAUUGAACAGCAAAGUAUUGUGAUUUUAUCACCCUACAAUGCCCAAGUAUCAGAGAUAAGAGAUGAGCUAAAGAAGAGGAAAAUGGAUGAAAUCACUGUUACUACAAUCACUAAAAGCCAAGGAAGUGAAUGGCGUUACGUCAUCCUAUCUACAGUGUGCUCUCUGCCAAGUGAGGAGAUUGUGAGUGAGCCAGACAGAGCUUGGCUGUCCAAACACCUGGGCUUUGUGGGCGAUCCCAACCAGAUAAAUGUGGGCAUCACAAGGGCCAGGGAAGGACUGUGCAUCAUUGGUAACCAAGACCUGCUGUGCUGCAGCACAGCUUGGAGAAAGCUCCUGGACCACUACAAGCUUCACAACGCAGUGACAGAUGCAGAAAAGAUUUCAGUUCAUUGUGCCUGACAGCUGAUCACAUCUAUUCUUUUUUGAGAGUUCUACAAACAGCAUAGGUCCCCAACUUACGUAACAGCACCAGUUUAUGAAAUAUGUAUAUAUUUUUUCUAUGAUGUUGCAACUACUUUUCAUGUACUUUUAUUGCAGUUUUAUAACAGACUUUGGAUUUUAUAUUUUUGUUACAGUAUUUUAAAAUAUUGAAUAUAAGAGUGGUUGUAGACUACAAUAAAUCCUAUCACACAGUGCUUAUCUUAAAUAUGGACAGCUGACAGAGUGCAGCUCUUUUCUGGAUCUUUUAAUUCAUGUUUAGGUUCAGCUGACAUAUAGAGAAUUACCACUGUUAUUAUUCCUGUUUGUAUGAGUCAGCUAUUUUUUUUUCAUUGCAGGACAGUUGGUCUUAAACUGCCUCACCAUUCAGUGAGCCCAGUGUGUUUUUUUUUAAAGUUUUUUAUGUUUCACAUUAUGUGUUUUUUUUUUAACUAGGGGUACAAUAGGAGCACCAGAGCUGCUGCCCAUUGACCACAGCAGACCUGUGCUCUUACAUUUAAAAUUGCCAAUGACUAGACAUUUAUGAUUUUAAUUUUGUUUUAGCCCAGGAAUUGGAAUUCAUGGGAUUUACUUGAAUUUUGUUUCAGAAGAUAGUUUAUUGUAAGCAAGGAAUAGAAGUCAGUUUGGUUGUGGCCAGAUGCGCACCUGUUCCAGCUAAAACAGACAAAAGGCACUUUGAUCAUAGGUGUGCUUGAGCAACCCUGUCUCUGAGAAAUUAAGGUUUUUAACAACUGCAACAGCAAAUACGUGUUGUAGGAAAUGUAAUAGUGACCAUAUUUACAUUUUCUAUUAACAUAAUGAGGAUAUGCAACUGAACAAAGCAGUAAAAUGUUCAUAGACAACAUAUUUGUCUUCUACCAAAAUACCAGAUCUUGCAAAAUUCAAAAUAUCAAAUUUUAAUUACUUUUGAUUUGAUGUUGGAAUUAUGUUUAGACGCUCACAUCAUUUGGUUAAGGUUAUUGGUUUCAUACAGAAAUUGUUCCUAGAGACUUCUGACACAAUGUGAUAGAAAGGCUUUCAGCUUUAAAGGGACAGGAAGAAUGAACAGCUCAACAUUGAUUCUUUAUUAUCUUUAUUAUCUCCUUUUGUUAUUGAAUUAUAGUAUUUUUAUUGAUGUUAUUACUUGAGGUGUUAUUUGCUGUAUGAAUAUUUGGUUGUUUUUAUCUGUUUUUUUAUGUGCCAAGUAUGUAGAAUAUUGUCUGUUUUAUCAUGACUAUGUGGGCCCUACACUGCCUGUUUUUAAAUCCUGUCUUAAAAGACAUCUUUAGUUCCAUUUUUAUUGUUUAUGGUUUUAUUGCUUUGAUUAUUUUAUUGCCAUUUUGUCUUUUAUUCUGGUUUUAUGUUUGAUGAUUUUUGCUGUUCUGUUUGUACAGCAUUUUUUUCAACUGUUGUUUAUAAAUGUUUUAUAUGAAUACAUUUGACUUGACUAGGUGUGGCACUAUAUGUAAAUGAUAAUUAUGAUGCCAGGUUAGUUUCCCUCUUGUAUUUGCUUUUGAACACUGAUGUUUCUUUUACAUGGUAGAUUCUCAAAUAAAGUAUCCAGUUAUUUGUUA